AUGCCGCGGCUGCUUACUUUCAAGAACGGCGUGCAGUCGUGCGGGGACGGCUUCAUCAAAUCCCCGGCCUCCGGGAUGUGGCAGUGCACCCUGCCGCCCGACCCUCUCCCGCGGGAGGGCGCGGAGCCUGCGGCCUCUGCCGCCGUUGCCCGUGCGGUGGCGUGGGAGGGGCCGCAGCCGCGGAAGAAGGAGGAGGCCAUUCUGCUGCGCCCCUGCCCUUCGCUGCUGCCGCCGCAGUUCCAGCUGAUCUCCGUCGGCAGCAGGUACCUCUGCAGCUGCCUCGUCACCGCCCGCCCGCACCCGCUGAGCGAGGUCCACAUCCUUCGCCUAGACAAAAUAGCGCCCGGCACCAGGCUCCCUGCCGCCGUGGCUGUUGCCUUCGCCUCUGCGACGGAGGCCACGUGGGCGGAUCUGAUGCUGUUUACGCGGCAGGCGGCAGGCGGCGGUGCUGCUGCAGCUGCUGUCGAGGCCUCUCACACGGCUGUGUGGCGGCUGAAUUGGGUGGCCCCCGCAGAAAGCGGCAUCCGCGUCGGGGCCGCGUACCUCUGGCGUGUCACGGAGGCGCUGCCGCUUUACAGCCGCGUGCAGGACGCCGCGGCGGCGGCAGAAGAAGAGGCGCCGAUGCACAUUGCGGUGGCAACGGCGAGGGAAGGGGCGGGGUGCACCCCGCCAGACCGCGCCGUGCGCAGGUCGGAGGAGCCACCGCCGCUGCCGCCGAAGCAGAAAAACAAGGAGACAUCGCCGGAGGGGCUGCCGCGGCGCGAUUUGUCAGCGGCGUUUCUGGAGGCCCUACAGGAAGAGGAAGUCGCCACGGCGCGAAGGGUAGAAGACACCACCGCCUCGGCGUCUGCUGAAAACGCAUCGGCGCCGGAUGCGAAGAACGACCAGCAGCCAACUUAUGCGGAGGUCCUUGUGCGUGGGAUGCGACAGCGCCACUCUGAAGCGGCGACGUCUGCGGGGGAACUUGUGCGCGAGUGGCGGCGGCGCCUCGCCGCGUUACGCAAGGAGCUUCGCCGCGACCUUUGCGUGGAUGCGAUCCCACGCAUCGCGAGGGAUAAGAUGACACAACUCCAACGACAAGGGCAGCAGCCGUGUCUUUCGGGGUGUGCGAAGGCCAUGGCGGCUCUGCUGAAGGCUGGACUGCAGGAGCUGCUCUGCGAUGGGCUGUUUGACGCGGCCGCAUCGCUCUUGGUGGGAGGCGAGGGGUCGCACCGCGCCAGGCAGCUGCUGCAGGAGUGUGCCGCCACGGCCCGGGCGGCCGGUGAAGAGUUGGAGGAGCGAAAAGGCGACAUGGCGGCGGCGGCGGCGGCGGUGGUGCUGCGUCUCUCGCACAGCGUCUUGCAGCUGCGUCUGCUGCGCCACCGAUGCUGCGCCGCGGUGCUGCUGGGGCAACCGGUGGCGGCGGCGGCGCUGCAUGAGGCGCUGCGGGGGCAGAAGCGGGCGAUGGCGCUGCUCCAGGGGGAAUGGGCCGGCGCCGUGCGCCCCGGCACGACUACUACCGCCGGGGCGGAUGACGGAGAGGACGGGGACUCUGCGGAGGAGCAGCUCGUCGCCGGCGUCCUGACCGCGGCCCUGUCGUUGAUGGAAAUGUCUCUCCUCGUGAAGAAGUCGGUCGCGCUGUGCGACUACAUGACAGGCGCCGCGGGCGCGCUGCUGCUAUGGCUGCGCGACGCCUCCGGCGGCCUCGUCGAAGUCCCCGUCGCCCUCCUCGCGCGCCUGGAGGAGCGAGGCGCGGCAACCACCCGUGGGCGGCUGCAUGACACGCAGCGGCGCUGCGAGGCUCUUCCCGCCGUGCGAGGGGGCAAAGCGCGCGGGAAGGCGGAGUUUUGCUGCGGCCUGGUGCGGUCUGUGCCGUGCUGCGCCGUCUUUGACCACCAGUUUGCCCGGACAAGGGCCCUCGUGCGGCGCCUCGAGGCCGCCGCCGCGGCGGGGAGAGCGGCAGACUGUGGCACUUGCAGCGAGUGA